AUGGCGCGUACUACUCGUGUACAGAUGAACGACUACGAGUACGAUUACGAGGUUGGGCGACAGGAAUUUACGACGGGUCGCUCGCAAACUGAGGCUGUCGAUAGAAGCGUUGAUGAGAGUCAAGUCGUCCAAGGGACGGUCUUGUGGCUGCCAGCAAGGGAAGACUUACCCGAGCGCGCAGUACGGAGAGCGCACGGCAAAGGAGCUAUUGAAGAGGGUAUCUUCAACCACCCUGUAGUGGUAGUAUCUCGGCCAGAAGAAGACAGCCAGAUUAUACACUUCCACCUUAUAACAUCCCUCCAAGGCCGACGCCUCGAACAACUAUACAGCAAAUCCAACGAGUUUCACGCGAGCCGGCGCUCCUGGUUUCUCCCCGUCGCCCCAACCCCAUCGCACCCCGACGCCGUCUCCAAAAAGACCAAAAAGCGCUUCCCAACGCUCAUACUAGCAAACGGAGCAACACUACGAUGGGAUUCGUACGUCAACAUCCGCCACGUAUACAAAAUCGAUAUUUCGCUCCUACGAGCGUAUUCGAAUCCAGAUACACCGACCGUUGAGGUGUACCAUUUUGAGCGCGAAUCAACAAUCAGGAUGCUUGCAAAAGGCAAGUCACUGACGCUUUAUGAACCGGGGCCGCAGUUUGUCGGUGCGGGAUUACAGAGGACGAGAUCAGAGCCGACACCCACUACACAUGAUGCUUACUAUAUUGCAAUGCCAAUGGAUACGCAGUGGCCAAGCAUAACUGCAUAUCCACCUCCACCCACACGCUCAUCUCAGAAUUGGUCCACAUAUCCUAGCCCAAACAGACAGCCGGAUUUUCACAUCUCCCGUACAGAAGCCGCUCGGAUACCUGGUACGCCGCCGAAAGUGCCGCCCGAUGGCGGGCUCACUACAGUGCUUAGCUCGAUGCAGCAGCAGGUGUCGGGCAACGUGCAGGCAAUAGCAGGUGUGACACAGCAGAAGCUUGCGACGGUGUAUCAGAGCCAGCUUGUGAUAGUCAAGGCGCCGGUUGAGAGGGCGUGGAGGGAUUUGAAGGGUGUGACGGCUAUUGCUAUUGCUUCAUUGUAG